AUGGCCCAGAUGCUCUCCGCCAUGACCAUGACGAUGGACACCGUCCCCACCGCCCCCGCCAUUAUGCCCGCCCAGCCCAUCUGCCUGGACGCGCCGCUGUCGGGCUCGGGCAUCGCCGUGCUGUCGAGGCAGGCCGUGCACCCGGACGGCCCGCCGUCGGCGCUCGGGGACCUCACGCUCUCCGUCUCCGACCUGCCCAUGCUGUCCUGCCACUACAUCCAGAAGGGCCUCUUCUUCCCCGCCCCCGACGUCCCCAUGGCCUCCCUCGUCUCGCUCCUCGUCUCGUCGCUCUCCCGCGCGCUCGCCGUCUUCCCGGCCCUCGCCGGCCGCUUCGUCACCCUCCCCGACGACCGCAUCGUCAUCCGAUGCAACGACGCCGGCGUCGAGUUCCGCCACGCCGUGGCGCCGGCCCUGUCGCUCAACGACUUCCUCGUGCCCAACGCCGACGUCCCCACCAGGCUGACCAAGGACCUGUUCCCCAUGGACCGCACCGUGAGCUACGAGGGCCACCGCCGCCCUCUCACGUCGUUCCAGCUCACCGUGCUCGGCGAUGGCGCCGUCUUCAUCGGCAUCGUCGCCAACCACGCCGUCGUGGACGGCACCUCCUUCUGGCACUUUUAUAACACCUGGGCCGCCCUUUGCCGCGGCGCGUCGCCCAGGCUGCCGGACUUCCGCCGCAACUUCUUUGGCGAGUCAACGGCCGUCCUUCGCUUUGCCGGCGGCGUGGGCCCCGCCGUGACCUUUGACGCGGACGCGCCCCUUCGCGAGAGAAUCUUCCACUUCAGCAGGGACGCAAUUCGCGAGCUGAAGGCGAUAGCCAACCGUCGGUCGAGCGCCGGUCAAGAUGCCGAGGUUUACGGCAAGAUGGCGCACGACCCGAAGAACCAGGAGGCCCGCGGCGAGAUCUCGUCGUUCCAGUCACUGUGCGCGCAGAUAUGGAUCUCGACGACGCGCGCGCGGAAGCAGCUCGACGCCGACGCGACGACGACGCUACGCCUGGCGGUGAACUGCCGUCACCGGCUGCGCCCGGCGGUCUCCCCGGCCUACUUCGGGAACGCCAUCCAGAGCGCGCCGACGACGGCGACGGUGGCGGAGCUGGCGUCCAACGACCUGCGGUGGGCGGCGUCGAGGCUGAACGCGAGCCUGGCGGCGUACGGCGACGAGGCGAUACGCGGGGCCGCGGCGGCGUGGCAGGCGGCGCCCCGGUGCUUCCCGCUGGGCAACCCGGACGGCGCGGUGGUGACGAUGGGCAGCUCCAACCGGUUCCCGAUGUACGAGGGCAACGACUUCGGGUGGGGCCGCCCCCUGGCGGUGCGCAGCGGGCGCGCCAACAAGUUCGACGGCAAGAUGUCGGCGUUCCCGGGCCGCUCCGGGGACGACAGCGUGGACAUCGAGGUGUGCCUCGCGCCGGACACGAUGGCGGCGCUGCUCCGCGACGACGAGUUCAUGCAGUACGUGUCGUGCCCGGCGCACCUGUUGUGA